AAUCGCUGAUUUAGGGCAGGAGCGAGCGAGGAGGGGCUGGGCGCACCUUGGCAAGGAGCGCGCCCUGACUCGGGCUGGGAGCGCUCACCUUCCCCAGCCAGCAGGCCGGGCUGGGGGCAAGGAACUUGCCCCGUUGUGCUGGGAGGACUUCGAGAAACUCAUCUUUUCGCCCAAGCGGAUUUGCCUUUGCAGCCCGGAUUUGUGUCCCCGAUGCGCGCCUGGCUGCGCGCUGCGCUCGUCCUUGGGGCGCAGCUCCGAGCGCUGUGGCUGGCGGCAGCAGUGGAAGUUCACACUGCCAAGGAGCUGGUGGCCGUGAACGGGACCAACCAGCGGCUGAAAUGCACCUUCUCCAGCAGCAGCCCCGUGAGCCAGCAGCUGUCAGUGAGCUGGAACUUCCAGCCCGAGGACCUGAGCGCCCACGAGCCGGUAUUUUACUACCUGAAGGAGCCCUACCAGCCCCCCUCGGGAAGGUUUAAGGACCGAGUCACCUGGGAUGGGAACAUUGAGCGCCACGAUGUUUCCAUCAUGGUCUGGAACCUGAAGCCCAGUGACAACGGGACUUUCACCUGCCAGGUGACAAACUGGCCAGACGUCUAUGGCACCAUCGGGGAGGUGCGGCUCCGGGUUGUGCAGAAAGUGAGCUUCUCAGAAAUCCAUUUCCUGGCCGUGGCCAUCGGCUCUGCCUCUGGGCUGAUGAUCAUCGUGGUGAUAGUCGUGAUCAUCUGCCGGCAGCACCGCAGGAAGGCGCGAGACAGGAGGAUGGAGGCGGCGGACACCGAGCGUAAAGAAAAGGAGAGCCUGAAGAUGGGGGAAAAAAAGGAAUCCAUUCCAUUGGAAGAUUAAAGGUCUUUGCUGGUGUGCACAAUGCAGGUGCUUCCAAAGCAGCUGGUGAAAGCUUGUAAUUUGGGGUGUUAGAACAAAGCUGGAUUACAGACGCCCCACGCUGCUGGUGUGGGGCUCUGCUCAACCUGAAAGUCUUGCAUGGAAAAAGGGUGACUUUACAUGAACUGAGAAUUCCCUCCAGUGAAGCAAAGCAGGAGGAUCUUGCCCCAUGAACAAAGAACUUUUCCUUCAUCUUCCCACCUGUGGAAUGGGAGCUUCUCUGGAAGUGCCAAGACUGACUGGACAGAGGGCUGGAGGUGUUUGAGCAGAUGCACUCCUGCACCUUAGAAACCACAACGUGCCUUUGUUUUAAACCUGCCCUGGUUUCAUUCCCUGAGACUCCUCCCUGGCACCCUGAGAAGGAAGACUGAGCAGUGAGGUCUCAGCUGGUACAACAAACGUCCUUGGAAUCCCUUUUCUACAUUGGAUGGACAGAGCUAGAGCUGGGCAAGCUGUGCUGCUUGUUAUCAGGGAUGACAUUCACCAGCCAGGGUGCCUUGCACAUCCUUUUCUGGCAGCUUUGGGAGAAUCUGGGGAUUGAGGAGAGUUUUCUGCCUGGCUUCAGCAGCUCCACUGUGUUCCCAGUCCCACUCUUACUACCCCAGUGCUCCCCCCUGUUCCCAUUCCCACUGUCAAUAUCCCAGUGCUCCCCCUGUUCCCCAAAACUGGAACCCACAGAGUUCUAAGGGUGUGUGAGCAGCCCUAAAUGGAUCCUGUUACAGUAUUUCCCCAGCCCCAAAUCACAGCAUUGGCCCGUUUGUUUGUAGAGUGUCUUUAUGGCUUUAUAACCUGUGAAGUGCCAGCGUUCCCUGGCUCUUCCCUGGCUGUUUUCAUUUGCACUCACCAGUGUUGUAAAUAAA